UCCGGUCAGGGAGAGGACACAAGACACAGGAGACACACACACACACUGACACUGACACUCAGCAGCAGCGAUGGCACCAGAAGAUCUAAAGGAGGAUGUAGAGCAGAAAGCCUGAAGGGAGGAUGGAUGUGAAGAUUGUGAGUGUUUGGUUAGGACCGUCAGGGUGAAUAUCAUAGGGAAAGGAAAAAGGACGUGUCCUGGCUUAGGCUGUCUGGCUGUGCCCUGCCCUGGGCUUUUCUGGGGCUGCUGGCGUCGGCAGUUUUCCAGUAUGUCCUGUCGAUAUCUAUAGUAUCGUCUCUGACUGGGACUGAGCUGGGACAAACACACACUGCAGGACAGGACAGGGUAGCUCGCUAGCUGGAUAACACCUAGUACUUCAACUGCGAAUCGUCCUGAAUACCCAAUGCCAUCCAUCACUCUGGAUUAUGUUUUAUCUUCCUAAAUCUCUUUAUUAGGUUUAAAGAAGAAUACAUUUGGUAAUCAUACGUCCGGCAGUAUGUGUACAGUAGAAUAUGAAUAAUACUGGAGAAUAAACAGAACACAGACAGACACAUUGACUGCAGUUGGAGUGUACUGAUCUAGAUGGCUUUGGUUGAUGAAUACUUGUACAGAUUCUCAUGAUGUAGGACUAUUACCGCCUUGUGGAAUUCAAGCAUUUCUAUUGGUCGAGAGGAACUGUGACUGGGUUACCAGGUUUGUCCGGGUUUUCCAGCAUGUUUGGGAAAAAGAAGAAGAGGCUAGAGAUUUCGGCUCCGUCUAACUUCGAGCACCGGGUCCACACUGGUUUCGACGAGCGGGAGCAGAAGUUCACAGGUCUGCCCCAGCAAUGGCAGAGUCUCCUGGCAGACACAGCCAACAGACCCAAGCCCAUGGUGGACCCCUCCUAUAUCACACCCAUACAGCUGGCUCCUAUGAAGACCAUCGUUCGAGGGAACCGGCCCCCGAAGGACACGUCCAUCAAUGGUCUCCUGGAGGAGUUCGACAGCAUCUCUGUGACACGUUCCAACUCCCUGCGUAAAGAGAGCCCUACGGGCCCCCACCAGGCCGGGUCCGGCCCCCAAACCCCCUCCCACCACCCUCCACACCCCCACCCCAACGCCCCUGAGGAGAACGGCUUCAGCCACUACUACUCCCGCUACUCCUGUGACCUGGACACCUCCAGUAGGGACUUCUCUCUGGAGCCCUACAGGAAGGACGGUAAAGGCUUCGCUCUAGAUGGGGACUGGGCCGUGGGGAGACACUACCGCUUCCCCAAACAGAACGGCCACCUCACCCACGCCACCCGCGUCCCCUUCUACCCCGACGCCAUGCCUCAGAAGACCGAUUACGCCAAGCUGCCUCCGGACUACCACACGUACUUGGAGAGCAAGGUGGCGGGGGCGCGCUUGGCCGACGAGGUGGGAUCUGGGUCCGGGGUGGGAAGCGCAGGGGGGUCUGCCGGGUCCACGACAGGGGGGUACUACCGGGCGUCCGUAGGCGGUUCGUCCAGUCAGGACUACCGGGAUGCGUCGAUGGUGGGGACACCGUCGCGAGCCUCGCUGCACAGCGAGCAAAUCAACUACCCAGAUAGCGAGUGGAGCUACAGCGGCAUGUCCAGAGACGAGUACGAGAAGAGGCCUAAGUCGUCGUACGUGAUGCAGACCAGCCCCACGCCGGCCAUCCGACAGCGCUCCAGGUCGGGGUCCGGCCUCCAGGAGCCCAACGUGCCCUAUGGGGCCAGCGGGGCUUUUAAGAGUCCCCCUCAGACACACCCCUACAGCUCCUACACCUACCCACGCCUCUCAGAGACUCUCACCAACUCACAGGCCAUGGCCAAGGGUGAUUACGACCAGUCGUCUUGGGACGGGAGUCCCCAGGUCCCAGGGUCUGACACAUACCCGCGCGGGCCCCUCAAACUACCUCAAAGCCACAGCAAGCCCUCUGGCUACCCCCCCGGACUCCAGUACCCCCCUGUGUUCCACCACUACAAACCCUCCCCCUACCACCACCCACCCUCACAGCCCAGCCCGCCAUACACUCCACAGGGGGCAUACUCCCAGCCAUCGUCCCCUUACAUCCCCCCGGGGGCCUACCCCCCUCCCUCCUGGGGCUCCAGUUCAGAUGCCCAGCCCUCCAGGGUCUCCCACGAACAGUUCAGGGCUGCCUUGCAGCUCGUCGUCAACCCAGGUGACCCCAGGGAGUACCUGGAGAGUUUCAUAAAGAUUGGCGAGGGCUCGACGGGCAUCGUGUGCAUCGCCAGCGAGAAGCAUAGUGGCAAGCAGGUGGCCGUCAAGAAGAUGGACUUGAGGAAACAGCAGAGGAGAGAACUGCUCUUCAAUGAGGUGGUGAUCAUGAGGGACUAUCACCAUGAGAACGUGGUUGACAUGUACAACAGCUACCUGGUUGGAGACGAGCUCUGGGUCGUUAUGGAGUUCCUGGAGGGCGGGGCCCUGACGGACAUUGUCACUCACACGAGGAUGAACGAGGAGCAGAUAGCCACCGUGUGUGUGUCGGUGUUGAGGGCUCUGUCGUACCUCCACACGCAGGGAGUCAUCCACAGAGACAUCAAGAGUGAUUCUAUCCUCCUCACCAGCGAUGGACGCAUCAAGCUGUCAGACUUUGGCUUCUGCGCCCAAGUGUCCAAAGAGGUGCCCAAGAGGAAGUCUCUGGUGGGCACGCCCUACUGGAUGGCACCGGAGGUCAUCUCGCGGUUACCCUACGGCACAGAGGUGGAUAUCUGGUCGUUGGGCAUCAUGGUGAUAGAGAUGAUAGAUGGGGAACCCCCGUACUUUAACGAACCCCCUCUACAGGCCAUGAGGAGGAUACGAGACAACCUGCCCCCACGGCUAAAGGAGUCACACAAGGUAUCAUCGGUUAUGAGGGCCUUCCUCGACCUGAUGUUAGUUAGAGAGCCGUCUCAGCGAGCCACAGCCCAGGAGCUGCUCCAGCACCCCUUCCUCAAGCUCUCGGGCCCCCCAUCUUGCAUCGUCCCCCUAAUGAGGCACUACCGCCACCGCUGACCUGACCUCCCGCCACCAGGGCGGCGCCACACACCCUGCCAAACAAACACCCACAUGACCUGAGAGACUACGCCACUAAAACAAACACUCACACCUGUAACCGAGCAGUAGUUUAGCUAGAGGAAUUAUUUACAAAGAAAAGAUUAAAGAGAAACAUGAUAUCUUCUAUUUUGAAAAAUACUAUAUAAAGUUCAACACUGGAGCAUAGGGGACUGUACUGUAGGAGUCUCUUCUUCAGUCUUCUGUGGCAGGCUUAUUGCUUAUACGGGCGCCAAAUGCUAACAAAUGCGAGCCUCUUGGUUCGUACUCUUUGGCUUCACUAGGCUGCUAGACCAGUAGGGUGGGUCGUCCCAGUGCAGUUUCCUCUCUUACUAGGCUGUCUGUGAGUCCUGUAGAGUUGUACUGUAGUAGCCAUCGACUAGAGCGUAGACGGUGUGCAGUGAUCAGCUGACACUGCCUGGCUGGCAGCCGUGUUGAGGGACCUAUGAGAUACGCCCACCGCCCCCAGACAUCAGCAUUAGAUCUCAGAGCAAUCAGGAAGCAGCAUUUGGUGUUGACGAGUAUUUGGUGAUGUCUGAGUGGGGGCGGUGUGGGUGUGUCUUAGUCUGGCUAGAAGACAGGCUGUUCGCCUAUUGGUGGAAUAAAAACAUCGCUCUCUUCACUUCUCUUUUCUCACACUAACAGUGAAAAUGUAUUUUAGAGAAAUAUGUAAGUUUUUCUGUACAGUUUUGAUAAUUUGCAGUAUUUUAUUGUGUCGUGACCAUUGUGAUAUGGGCAGUAUUACAUAGAAAUCAGAGUUUCUGCGAAGAUCUUUCCUACUGUUUAUAAUAAUAAUCCAUUUUUUCAUUAAGAAUUUAACCCCUAACUGUUACAAAAAUGAACAUGAAUAUAUUUAUUAUCCCACAUUUGUGGACAGAACCUCCAUUGAGUGUGGAAAAAGGGUAAAGGCCAGAAUUUUGUAUGCUGUUUUAAAGUAUUUAUUUAUUUUUUUGAAUUGAAAGGUUUAUUUUUUGGUAGUGUGGCCUUUCUUUUUGUUUUACGUUUAUAAAUAUCAACAGCCAGACAAACAGUGAUGUUGAUUAUAUCAUACAAGCAAUACCCCAAGCAUAUCCAUCAUCACCAUCAUUUAUUCAUCUUUAUAAAAAAUUUCAUUUUUUACAAAUCCCACGUAGCACUGUUUGAGUGGAAAGAUAAGAGAAGAUAUCAGUUUAUUUGUAAAAGAGACAUUUAUUCUUUACCCAUCAUGACACUCCUAUAAAUUCAAUGGACACUCAUCCAAGACUCCUAUAGCAAUAUCUGAGCUUCUCAGUCUGAUACACACAGUGGUAAAAGGUCUGUUUUUCUACUCUCACACAUCCUGGCUGUCAUCUGUUCCUUAUCUCUCUCUCUCUCUGUCUCUCUCUCUGUCUCUCUCUCUGUCUCUCUCUCUCUCUCUCUCUCUCUCUCGCUCGCUCGCUCUCUCUCGCACACACACACACACACACACAAACAACUGUGCCGCGAUCUGAUUCUCAGUUCUAAUUGGAAAGUAUAACCCCAUUUAGUUUUUAACACAUCAUUCACUGUGAGAUGUAAAUAUGAACGUGUGUGUGUGCGUGUGUGCGUGUGUGUGAGAGCUGGUUUCGGGACUUGAAUGAGUACUACUAUCCGUGGUGUUGCUUGUACAGUGAUAUUGCAUGUUUGUUAUCAGUGAAGCUGGUUUCAAUUAAAAAAGCCCAUUAAAACAUU